GCCAGCUCGCCGCGCAGGCGCAGUGGGCCGGACUCGCCAUGCCGACUGUCAGCCUGAAGCGCGAUUUGCUCUUCCGAGCUCUGGGCCGGACCUACACUGACGAAGAAUUUGAUGAACUAUGUUUUGAAUUUGGUCUGGAACUUGAUGAAAUUACAUCUGAGAAGGAAAUUAUAAGUAAGGAACAAGGUAAUGAAAAGGCACAGGGGGCCUCUGAUGUUGUUCUCUACAAAAUUGAUGUUCCUGCCAAUAGAUAUGAUCUCCUGUGUCUGGAAGGAUUGGUUCGAGGACUUCAGGUCUUCAAAGAAAGGAUAAAGGCUCCAAUGUAUAAACGGGUAAUGCCUAAUGGAGAAAUCCAGAAAUUGAUCAUCACAGAAGAGACAGCUAAAAUACGCCCGUAUGCUGUUGCAGCAGUUCUCCGAAACAUAAAGUUUACUAAAGAUCGAUAUGAAAGCUUCAUUGAACUUCAGGAGAAGUUACAUCAGAACAUUUGCAGGAAAAGAGCCUUGGUUGCUAUUGGUACCCAUGACUUGGACACUUUGUCAGGCCCAUUUACUUAUACUGCGAAGAAACCUUCCGAUAUCAAAUUCAAGCCUCUAAAUAAGACCAAGGAGUAUACAGCCUGUGAACUGAUGAACAUAUACAAGACUGACAACCACCUUAAACAUUAUUUACAUAUAAUUGAAAAUAAACCUCUGUAUCCGGUUAUCUAUGAUAGCAAUGGUGUCGUCCUUUCAAUGCCUCCAGUCAUCAAUGGACAUCAUUCCAAAAUAACAGUAAAUACUAGAAAUAUAUUUAUUGAAUGCACAGGGACAGACUUUACUAAGGCAAAAAUAGUUCUUGAUAUCAUUGUUACCACGUUCAGUGAAUAUUGUGAGAAUCAAUUUACGGUUGAAGCAGCUGAGGUAGUUUUUCCUAAUGGAAAAUUACAUACCUUUCCAGAACUGGCUUAUCGAAAGGAGAUGGUGAGAGCUGAUCUAAUUAACAAAAAAGUUGGGAUCAGAGAAACUCCAGAAAAUCUUGCCAAGCUUCUGACCAGGAUGUGUUUAAAGUCAGAAGUCAUAGGCGAUGGGAAUCAGAUUGAAAUUGAAAUCCCUCCAACCAGAGCUGACAUUAUCCACGCCUGUGAUAUCAUAGAAGAUGCAGCUAUUGCUUAUGGAUAUAACAACAUUCAGAUGACUCUCCCGAAAACAUACACCAUAGCUAAUCAAUUUCCUCUAAAUAAACUCACAGAACUCCUGAGACACGACAUGGCAGCUGCUGGAUUCACUGAGGCACUUACCUUUGCUCUGUGCUCCCAAGAAGAUAUUGCUGAUAAACUGGGUUUGGAUAUCUCUGCAACAAAGGCAGUCCUCAUAAGUAAUCCUAAAACAGCUGAAUUUCAGGUGGCACGCACUACCCUUCUUCCUGGCCUCCUAAAGACCAUAGCUGCGAAUCGGAAGAUGCCCCUUCCUCUGAAACUGUUUGAAAUCUCUGACAUUGUAAUAAAAGAUUCUAGCAGAGAUGUAGGUGCAAGAAACUACAGGCAUCUCUGUGCUGUUUAUUACAACAAGAAUCCUGGGUUCGAGAUAAUCCAUGGGCUUCUGGACAGACUCAUGCAGCUACUUGAUGUGCCUCCUGGCGAAAAGAAGGGAGGAUAUGUGAUCAAAGCAUCAGAAGGCCCUGCAUUCUUCCCCGGGCGAUGUGCUGAGAUCUUUGCCCGGGGUCAGAGCAUCGGGAAGCUGGGGGUCCUUCAUCCUGAUGUUAUCACCAAAUUCGAGCUGACCAUGCCCUGCUCCUGCGUGGAAAUCAACAUUGAGCCGUUUUUGUGAAGAUGGGUCUCUGUUGUGUGGUUCUCGCCCCGAAGGUCCCUCUCUCCUCCUAGGUGCCCUUUAGUUGUCCCCACAGUAAGUCAGUCCACUUGUGCUUGUGCAUUAAUGUUGAAUAAAGUAGAAAGCAGUGUCUGGCUCCGUGGGUGGUACUGCCAUCCCCGCAUCAGGCCAGCUUGUACGUGAGAGCCCAGUGGGGGGCCAGGAGCUGUUCUGAGAAACAGAGAAGCUCUCCACACAUCAGAGCCUCUCACCAUCACGUCUGCAGGACAGAAUCCUGUUCUUUUCCCUGAUGAAAUGAGAUAGCUGAUUAGAGCACACGUACGAGAUUAACUAAGAAUUUUUAGUUCUUAUUUUCUAUGUUUGAUGCAUGUUCAUCACUGGGAAACAAUAACAGCAUUUUUAGAAAACUUUUAAGAAUUAGUGACGGUGUAAUAGUUACAGCCUUUGAAGUCAUCUUAAAGUGAAAGAAAAAUGCACAUAUAUUCAAAGUAUUUGAGGGUGCAUCGGUAUUGGCUACUCUGUGAUACUCAGAGAUGGGGUUUGUGGACACACAGCACAGAUUCAUUCUGCUAGAAGAGUUAAAAGGGACACACUGGUACCAGUGCACUAUGAACAUUAGGAAACAAUGAAGAACUUAUUUUUGUCCUAGGCCAUACAUUUUAUUGUUGUCAGUGUUAUAAAAUCAUGGCUUUAAAUAAUUAAUAUAGCUACUAGUUUCUGUCUUAUUUUAUACAGAGGUAUUAGGUCUCUCCUUCUCUGAAGCUAAGCUUCUGCCUUGUCUUAACCUCCUAAUUUACUUUAAUACUUUGAUCUAGAAUCCUCCAGUAGGUACCAUGUAUUGAAAAAAGCUGGGUGUAAUGUUUGAGAAAAGUUCUGUUACUGUUGAGAUGAUAUGAAACACAAUAAACUGUAAAAACAACUUCAAAGUAAGUCCCUGUAGAAAUAGCUAAUAAGGAUAGACAAGAAUUUUGUUUAUGGAGCUUUUGCUGCACCUAAUACUAAGACUAUAUUACUACCUUGAAUCAGGGCAGCAGUGUCCAGCUUAGCAAGAUUUGUGAACGUACAGACUGCCAUCUCCUCCUUCCCAAUCCCAUUGUAAGCUGAUCCUUACAUUUCAGUAAUGAAGUGAGAUACGCCCAUUAAAAAUAAUGCUCGUCAGAAGGUUUGUGUCCAGCAUUCAUAGAUUUCUUAUAACUUAAGACAACCCAGUUUUUAAAAAACGGACAAAAGAUGUGAACAGGCAUUUCCCAAAAGAAGAUAAAUGAAAUAAGCACAUGAAAAGAUGCUCAACAUCAUUAGUCAUCAGGGAAAUGCAAAGAAAAAAAUAAAUACGAAUUAAUAUGGCUAAAAUUAAAAAGACUGACUAUACCAAGUGUUGGCAAGACUGGAACUUUCAUGUGUGGCUGGUGGGAAUGUAAAGGGAUAACGGCCACUUUGGAAAAUAGUUUUGCAAUAUGUUAAAUCAUGAAACAUACAUCUGCCAUCUAGCCAUUCUACUCCUAGGUUUACUCUACUCAUAUGGCCAUACAAAGAUUUUUAUGCAAAUGUUCACAGCAGUGUUAUUCAAACAGAUGAAUGGAUAAACAAAUUAUAGUAUAUCUAUACUAUGGAAUGCUUCUCCGCCAAAAAAAAACGACUGAUACUCAGAACAACAUGAAUGAAUCUCAAAACACUAAGUCCAAGAAGCCAGAUGCAAGACUACAAGUGAUUCCAUUUAUAUGAAGUUCUAGAAAAGUCAAAUUGAUUGACUGGCUAGAGCCUGUGGAAGGGAAAUUGACUGCAGAGAGUUAAGAGGAAACUCUUUGGGGUGAUGGAAAUAUCUAUACCUUAAUUAAGGAGGUUGUUAAAAUGUAGGUUACACCUCAGUAAAGCUGGGAGUGAAAAAUUAAUGCAACAUGUUGUAUUUUAAUACGAACACCAGCAGAUGCACACAAAGGGUAAAAGCAUGAAUUUUAGAAUCGGCAUGUCUGCACAUGAUGGCUUACUGGUCCACUACCGUUAGUGAGACAUUCUCCCCCAGUUUCAAGUUCGCUAUGAUUGAAAUCAGGGUGAGUCAUGUGAUAGCCAUUGUUGAAGUGGGUGGAGCCAUGAGUUCUGUUAGCAGCCAGCCACCUGGAUAAUUUUUGGAUGGUCAGAAACAACUUGUAAUGAAAAACCCAGUGAUACCUAACUGUAUAUCCCAGCAUGAAAGGGGUAAGAAGAUCAACUGCAUCCAUCAUGUGGAGGUUUCUGCCCUCUGAAGCAGGAGACAGCAGGAAGAAUAACAAUAUCGGGUACAUGAGAAGAAGAAGAAACGAAUCUUCGGCUUAGAGUGGAGGCUCCGCAGCCAGAUCGUCUUACACUCGCCCCCGUGAGGCAUUUGAACUGGAGCCAGAGCAGUCUGUGGGCACUGCCUGCCAGAAAGCUUUUACUGGAGAAGACACACCUGUGUAGCAAAAACUGGGAGCCCUCGUAUUAAAAGAGGAAUUAGAUAUAAUUGAGUCCUGUUCUAGCUUACAGAUAACUUCUGCAGCCUGACAUUCUUGCAUUACUCUUCAGUUUAUAAAGUAUUUUCACAUGCGAUUUUGUCUCAACAUUUUAAUUUCUUGGUUUAACAAUUGUAGGAGGGAGUUAGAAUAGGGAUUCUCCCUGUCUUAUAGGAUGAGAACAAUUGACAGAGAUUAAUAAUGUGCCCAGAUGUCACAUGGCUAAAACGUGGGUUUGUGACACCUAGUAAGAGUGACGUAGAGCCCAUGGGUCACUCAGUGUUUGGCAUUAUUUACCUACUUACCCAAAUGCUGAGGUUUUCUUUUUUUAACCAGUUUUGUUUUUUAUAUAUAAAAUACUAAAAAACACAAAAAAUUAAAACUUCACUACUUUAAAAAACUGUACAAAGUAAGACCAUCCCAACCUAAUUUACCCUUCCUUCCGCAAUCCUCUAAAGUAACUAACCAUUGCUAACAGUUCACGUUGUUUCUGACGUUUUCCUUAGACAGUCAGACCCACACACAUGCUCAGCUUUAGGGUCUUGCUUUACUUACUGGUUUCUAUUUUCUAUAGUGUAUUUCAUGACAUUUCACUUAAUAUGUCCCAUUUU